UAACUAUAUUAUUUUCAAUUUCAGGGAAAAUAUGCAACCAGAAUGCAUUAACUUUAACAACAGCUCUACCGAUAUGGAUGUUCAAGUGAUCAAUGAAAACAACUUAAAUUCCUUAAAUCAAUUUGAAGUCACCGGUUCCUCUAGCUCAGAUAACAAUGACCUCAAUGAACUGGUAAUAGAUGAAUCUAGAAUUUGUAAUGAAGAAAAACAGAUUGAAGUAAAAGACACAGCUUCUAUGACUGAUGUUUCAAUGCAAGAUUUAACAUUUCUUAAUCUCGAUAGAGACUAUAAAGAAUAUUUCAAAUACACAGCGGAGGAAAAAGCUCUUAAGAUAGAGUCACUGAAAGAAGAAAGACAAGUGGUCAGAGCAAUGAGAGAGACGGCAGAACUGAAUAAAAUUACUGCUGAGCAAAGACUAAAACAUGUUUUGUGGGUCAAGAAACAAGAAAUGUUGUAAGUUAUCAAUUUUGUAUAGAUACUUUAGAAUUUGUAUAUUGGCGCGUAAAAUGUAGUUACUUCCCUGUGCAAGUGAAGUGAUAAGGUGAUAUUUAUUUAAAAAAAAUACCUAUAUAUUGUAA